ACAUCCCUUCAGCAACAGUACUGUAAAAUAUCUUGGCAGAUAACGAUGUGCCCCAUCUUUGUUAACAAUACAUAUGCAAGGGUUUUGAACCGAAAAUAAACAACUGUUAAAAAUAAUGGUAGGUAUAUCAUCCAUUUUUCUCCAUCUUCACAGCACUCGUCAACAGUUUUCAAACAGCUAAUACUUCUCGUUCAACAACGUAUGCAAAUUAUCAUCCAUUUCAUCUGUGAGAUGAUAAAGCUAUAACUAUUCGAUAAAUAGAUACAUAUAUACACCAAGUACCAAGCACGUACUUAAAAAAAUUUUCUACUGCAUGAAUAUGACUAGUAUACUGUCAUAAUAAUAUUAACACUCUAGCUACAAAUCAAUACAGGUAAGGUAGAUGUAGCCACCUCAGGUGAAUUAAGGACUGGGUCCUUUAAUUAUUGCUGAUUCAGCUAAAACGAAGCUCCGCCCACGCUUUUUACCAGCAAUUGUGCAUAAAAAUGGAUCUCAAACUGCUUAAAUCUUUAGCUCUAAUUCCGGAGUCCUAAACGCUCCUUGAAGCACUUACUUUUUAGUGUAGUAGUUAGUUCUAAGGCUAGUACACACAGUAAUAUUCGGAAGGAGCCGUCUGCACUACGUAGAGUAAGUUAUUAGCUUUUACAUGUAAAAAAUUAAGUUAGAAAACUAUGUUUUAUAGAAUAUCUCACCUUUAGUUGAAGGAGCGAAUAUUACUGUUUGUACUAGCCUUAGAACUAGCUACUACACUAAAAAGUAAGUGCUUCAAGGAGCGUUUAGGACUCCGGAAUUAGAGCUAAAGAUUUAAGCAGUUUGAGAUCCAUUUUUAUGCACAAUUGCUGGUAAAAAGCGUGGGCGGAGCUUCGUUUUAGCUGAAUCAGCAAUAAUUGAAGGACCCAGUCCUUAAUUCACUUGAGACGUAGGUAUGCUUGUAACUUCAAGUAGUAGUACAUCUAUAUCUUGAUCUUCAAGGCUACCUAUAUCCAUACUCAUAUCCUCCAUAGAACUACUUGGCUUUCUCUUUACUGCAUCGAGAUGGUCGAGCACGUUUAAGACCCUUCUUGACAGGAGCAGGAGACGAACUAUCAACAGCCCUUGCAGCCAUGCUUAGCACUUUUUUACCCGGGAAAGAAGGCUGUAAAUUCUUAGUAUCUCUGUGUACAUCCAACAUCCAAGCCCACAUCCAAGGUGCACGGAUAGCUAUAUUUAGUAUAUCCGGUAUUAGCAUACGGUUUUUGCUCGCACGUAGGACUAAUAGGACUAAUAGUAGGUUACCUCUUUGCAAACAUAGCAAGACGUUAGCUAUUGGUAAUUUUGUAAUCGGCGCAAAAGGAUCUCGACAUCGUCUUUAGUGUUAGUGGAUCGUUCUGGUGUGAUUCAUUUGGCGGAAAUUGAGUACUUUCUGGAGUGUACAUGUAUGGUUGGUUGGCAUCCGUGCAAGUUGUGGUAUGGUAAUCCUGUUCAGGUUUGGACAACUGUCAAGUCACCAAGCAUAAAAUCUCGUGUAGUCUAUUCCAGAUGCAUUGAAACAUUUGGUAAUUUAUCGGUGUAUGUUGUAGCACCAUUGCUUCGAAUUAAAUAACAUUACUUUUUAUCGUGCAUUAUAAUUAUGUUGUGCUAUUAUUAAAACAUUGUGAAACAUAAUUAUGUAUAGUACAAUUAUCGAUCAGAUCACAAUAUAAAUUCAUGGAGCAUGACAUAGUGGUGGAUCGUCAGAUUGAUUUUGCUUCCAUUGCCAUACGUACCAUCACCCCACCUCUUGAUCCACCUUCAAUAUAACUACCAUUCUGCACAUUACCAUUCUGCACAUUUCAAGUAUCCUUUUCUCAGUGCCUUUUCUUGUACAUUUUGCUGAUAUUGUUUGUUUCGAUUUUUCCAUGGGUUGUUUUCACGAUAACGUUUUCGCGUUUUCCUGGUCUGUUCAGCUGUUCUUGGUUCCUAAGAGUAAAUGGAUACUAAUGAUACACAUAUCACAGGGCCAGAUGUCCUAGUGUACAGUAGUGUACAAUUUUGUAAAUGGGGCAUAGCACUAUGCAGUGUACAUAGCCUUGUCUGAUAUGUGGAGUGUUCUGCACUGAACACUUGAAGAAAUCUACACAUAGUUUACAAUGACAUAUGAAGUUUACAAUUGUUUACAAUGAUCUGUAGACUCAGCACUGUAGACUCAGCAUGCAGGCUUGAGCUCAAUUCAAAGUUCUUGGUUCCUACAUAAGCAUAAUAUAUAAGUAUAGCGUAUACAUGUAAAAUAAUCAACCACAACUAUUAUAAGCAGCAAACUCUCAACACAACACUCUCAACACAACACACACACAUUCAUUCCUGCCUACAAGACUGCCUACAAGACCGCCAUGAGGCAAGAUCGCCGGUCAGAAACACAACACACAAUUCCUGCCUACAAGACCGCCGUGAGGCAAGAUCGCCGGUCAGGAAACACUCAAACACAACACACACAUUCCUGCCUACAAGACAAGACCGCCGUGAGGCAAGAUCGCCGACACAUUCCUGCAGCUAGCUAGCUAACUAUUUUCAAUAGAGGGCUCAAUAAUAUGAUAUGCGACUUAUAUCAGUAUCUAGAUAUUAGACACUGUACUGAACUGGGAUUCCACUAAAUACUGAUUGGUUGCCAUCAAAUCUCAAUCUGGGGUCAGAGGUCGCAUGUGAACAGAUAUGAAUUAAAGCGCAUCAAGAUUUGUAUUUUGCUACUUCAGAUCAUGAGCAGCCCAUCUAAAGACCCAGGAUCAUCUGAUCACUGCUUCAAUAUUUUGAUGAGCAAGGGAUAUGACCAUCAAGACGCAGAAAUGAUGAGUAUGUAUUUAAUGGCCCCUUCAUUGUUGCCCUCUCCCCUCUCCUCUCCCUGAAUCCUUAGCAGGCACUAAGUUGAAUAUUACAGAUCAUACAUUCACUGAUCAGACUCCUCCACAAAGCAUUCAAGGCCAAAAGUUCAAGGCCAAAAGAUCAAGUGUCACCUUGUAGAGGACAGCGGUCUAUAAAGUCAAAGCAAAGAAGACGACAACAAUACCAAAAUAAAAAGAAGGCAAUAGUGGCAGCACAAAAGCGUGAUUCUUUUUGAAAACAACUUGUGUAAACGAUGGAAAAAAAGGGAAGAAUUUAGCCAGCAAAUUGAAGGACUAGAAACAGCAGAAAAAAGAAUGAACAUGUUCUUGCAAAACAAAUUUAUGCAGGUGUUGGAAAUUAUGUUAUCUUACUAGUUAUUGUGUCACCUUAUUGUGUCACUACACACACUACACAUUAUGUCAUCAGUAUUGUAAUCACAUGAUCAGACACAUGUUGUGAGAAAUGAAUGAAAGAUGAACAAGAGUCAAUCUAAUUGAAUCCUGUAGUAUAACGAAAAUAAUAACAGUUUGAACGGUUAAGUAAGAGUGAAUUCUGAUUAUUUACAUGGUCCUUCGAACCGGAUUGGAAUCGGAAGUCUAAAAGCAAGUUUGCGAAGACUACUCAACGGAUCACUCUACUGUCCUAAUUGGUGCCCACGAAAGUGUGCAAGAACAAGUUGCGAAGACUACUCAACGGAUUACUCUGCUGUCUGCGCACAUAAGUGUGCAAUGACCGACACAGAAGUCUCAACAAGGAAGAGAAGAAUACGCGCUGGCCACAAGGCGUCGGCCACGCGCACUCUGGGUCAACUGGCUGUUGCUCUUGGAGAAACACACCCAAACCCAGAUCGACUGUCUCUACUUCAGCAGACCCUCGAACAAAAGUUGGAAACACUAAAGGGAUUAGAUACUGAGAUUAUUGAACUUACCCCAGAGGAAACCCUUGAUGAUGAAAUCCAACAAGCCGAUGACUAUCGGGAGCGAAUAUAUGAAGCCUUGACACGAAUCAAAAGAGCUGAACCUACUGCUACAGCACCAGGGAUUGUCCCACCUACGGCCACUCGAGGUCCUGAACGAGGGGCGAGAGUUCAACUGCCCAAACUAACACUUCCACACUUUAAUGGUGACCUGAUGAAAUGGCCAACCUUUUGGGACUCAUAUGAGUCCGCUAUUCACAAUAACGAUGGGCUAACAGACACGGACAAGUUCAAUUAUCUGAGGUCCCUGGUGGAACGAACUGCGUAUGAUGCCAUUUCCGGACUCACCCUGUCGUCCGUUAACUAUCAAGAAGCGAUUGAGAUCCUGCAGAAAAGGUUUGGCAAUAAACUACUGAUAAUCUCGAAGCAUAUGGAGACACUGUUGACGGUGGAGGCUGUGACAUCAGACCAGAACCUGAAGGAUCUGCGACGACUCUACGACAGCACCGAAUCACACAUGAGAAGUUUGAAGUCCCUAGGAGUGGAAUCAGAAUCGUAUGGGGCUAUGCUCUCCUCUGUGCUGCUAACCAAGCUACCUACCGAUCUACGUCUCAUUGUCAGCCGUAAGGUCGCAUCCACAGAUUUGAACAUGGAUAGCUUACUUAAACCCUUCGAAGAAGAACUGGUCGCUAGAGAGAGAGCUUCCAACUCCAACUCCAACUCCUUCCAUACACCACCACGCCGAAAUCAAGAUCGAGGCCGUCAAACUUCCUCUGCCCUAUUGUCAAGGGCGCAGGAACCAAGAGCUGGAGUAAGUUGUAGCUACUGCCAGCAAUCCCACCCGUCGACCGACUGCAAGACUGUAAUCAGCCUCACCGCUCGCAAACAAACUUUGAGAGAUAGUGGUCGUUGCUUCAACUGCUUACGCAAGGGCCACAUGGGCCGCAAUUGUCGAUCCACAAGCAAGUGCCUAAAAUGCAAGGGACGGCAUCACACGUCAAUUUGUGAACGAGAAGUCGCUGAGCUGAAUCCUCGACCCCACACAGUACAACCUGAAACAACGCUGAGUCCCGAUGCAACCCCGUACACACCUACUUUGGCCAACAACGCUUUAUGCUCUGACAAAGGAAAUGCCAUCCUAUUACAGACCGCUCGUAGUAUCGUGCACAACCCUGCGAAAUCGGAGACCUCGAUUGAAGUUCGACUCUUAUUCGACAGCGGCAGCCAGAAGUCCUACAUCACUGAACGAGCCAAGAAUCUGCUGGCAUUGGAGCCUAGUGGAGAACAACUUCUUUCCAUUGCUACCUUUGGAUCCAACCGAGAACAAGCGAAGGUAUGUACGAUUGUGAAUGUGGGAAUGUGCUUGAAAGGAUAUCCACCCAUGUCGUUGUCACUGUAUGUUGUCCCAACCAUAUGUGGACCCUUAGUUGGUCAGCACAUUACUACUUGUUUUGAGAAUACCCAACAAUUUAUGGGACUAGAUUUUGCCGAUUAUUCCGAUGGGAGGUCCAGUCUAGAGGUUGAUGUCCUUAUCGGCUCCGAUUAUUACUGGGACCUAGUAACGGGAAGUGUAUGUAGGAGUGAAGGUGGACCUACCGCCAUUCACACCAAAUUAGGAUGGGUACUGUCUGGCCCUACACCAGCAAAAGACCAAGCCCAAUGCUCGAUGAAUCUGACGACCACACAUGUACUCAGAGCCGAAACCCAGGAACUUGAGUCCACGGCGCUGGACGAGCAGUUACGAUCAUUCUGGGAGCUCAAGUCGUUAGGCAUAAACAAGGAAGAAAAGACCCUGUACGAUGAAUUUGCUAGCGACAUCACCUUCCACGAGGGACGGUACAAGGUGUCGCUCCCAUGGAAGGAGUUCCACGAUCCUCUACCGGACAACUACCAACUAAGCCUCAAACGAAUGCGAGGAAUGCUAUGCUGACUCCGG